GUUUAAAAUCCACUUUCUUGUUCUCCGAUGUAGGACUAUAAAAGCAUCUCAGUUUCUAGGGUUUAUCGUCUACUCCUCAUUUCAGAUAUAACCCUAAAACCAGAACAAGCAGAAUCAAUCAGCCGGCAGUAAUAAUGGCGAAACCGAGGAAAACCAGCAGAAAUCCAGAUCUGGUUCGAGGAAUCGGCAAGUAUAGCAGAUCCAAAAUGUACCAUAAGAGAGGUCUUUGGGCUAUCAAGGCCAAAAACGGUGGCGUUUUCCCUACUCACCCACCGAAAGCUGCUGCUGAUGUUCCAGUUGAGAAGCCAGCCAAAUUCUACCCUGCUGAUGAUGUUAAGAAGCCAUUGAUUAACAAGCGUAAACCCAAGCCUACGAAGCUCAGGGCGAGUAUUACACCAGGUACAGUGUUGAUUUUGUUGGCUGGAAGGUUUAUGGGAAAACGCGUUGUUUUCUUGAAGCAACUUUCUUCUGGAUUACUUCUUAUCACUGGCCCCUUCAAGAUCAAUGGUGUCCCUCUUAGACGAGUCAACCAAGCAUAUGUAAUUGCUACAUCUACCAGGGUUGAUGUUUCUGGAGUGGAUGUGUCAAACAUUGAUGACAAGUACUUUGCAAAGCAAGUUGAACAGAAGAAAAAGAAGGGAGAAGGAGAAUUUUUUGAGGCAGAGAAAGAGGAGAAGGAACUUCCAGCAGAGAAGAAAGAGUCGCAGAAAGCUGUCGAUGCUCCUUUGACUAAGAACAUUGAAGCUGUCCCCGAUUUGAAGGCCUAUUUGGCAGCAAGGUUUUCGUUGAAGUCAGGCAUGAAACCUCAUGAACUUGUGUUCUAAAGGAGUUAAUUAGCGGUUUUUCCACCCUGUUGAAGCUGUUUUGGUGUCUAUUUUGUUUCUAGUCAUGAUCUUCAUAUCCAUGAAUACUUGACUCUUAUGUUAGUCUUGAAAUUUUGUUAGAUGGAGCAAAUAUAUUCUUCUGCCAUAAUGCUUAAUUUAAAUGUGGACUUCUAUUGGUUUUGCUUUGUUUA